GGCUUCCAUUGGUUGUAUGGCGCCCAUUUCGCGGGGUCAGUCGACCAGCUGCCCAACAAUAUGUCGAUCUUUGACCAUAGUUGUGGCUAGAGCUGUUCCUGCCCGUCGGUUUGCAGGCACAUCAAGUUGUGAUGAAUGGGGAUAGAUAAUCACAAGUGCCGAGAAGGCCCGUGUAUAAAACUACCUCGCUCCGCACACGAGUAUGGUGCGGACCCUCGUGACCGCAUCAAUACUUCCGAGACUGGACAAUUUUUGGAAAUCCUCCGCUGCAUUUGAGGCCUUUGAAUUGCCAUAGCCCUCAUAUUGAAGACUAUUUGUGCUAUAUCAUCUACGAUAUGCUGACACAAUUGCAUCUCACCUUCACGAAUCUGAUAGUGACAUUCGGGGUCUUAUUGUUGUUGAGUGUCGCGUACUACUACGUCCAGUUCACCAGACAUGAACUGCGCAUCCGCAAGAUAGGUGGUGUGCGAGCGCCCCUGCUCGCUGGUAAUCCCGUCAGCGCAACUAUAUGGUUCUACCACUGCGCUAGAGCACAGAUGUCUAACACCCUCCUGGACUAUUUCAAUUCCAUGUUCGACUACGCGAGCCGACCCUCCCAGUACGGCGACGUCGUCGAGAUCCAGAUCAGGCCCCGGGAGCGGUACAUCAUCACCCGCGACCCGGAGCACAUCAAGACCGUCCUCACGGGCAAGUUCGCCUCCUUUGGCAAGGGCCAGCGGUUCCACGAGCUGUGGCGGCCCUUCCUGGGCGACAGCAUCUUCACGACGGACGGGCCGCAGUGGCACGACUCCAGGAGCCUGAUCCGGCCCAUGUUCGUGAAGGACCGCGUCAGCGACCUCGCCAUAUUCGAGAAGGGGGUGGGUGCGCUGAUCGGGCACAUCCCGGCGGGCGGGGGAGAAGUAGAUCUCAUGGACCUGUUCUACCGCAUGACGCUGGACGUGACGACCGAUUUCCUUCUGGGCGCCGGCGUGAAUAGUCUUGCGGACCCGAGGGCGGAGUUUGCCGAGGCAUUCAACGAGGUCCAGAGUAUCCAGAUGUUGGUCACUGCGCUGGGACCGUUCGAGGCGCUGGUCCCUAGAGGGAAAUACCUGAGGGGUGUCAAGACGAUUGAUCGGUUCGUGAUGCCGUUCAUCGAUGCCGCGCUGACCCUGCCGAGAGAGGAGCUGGAUAAACUGGGUGGAUCGGACAAGGAGUUCACAUUCUUGCAUAGUAUCGCGAGAUACACACGGGAUCCAGCGGUCUUGAGGGAUCAGAUCGUGGCGGUGCUUUUGGCCGGGAGGGACACAACCGCUGCGACGUUGAGCUGGGCCUUUUAUGAGUUGAGUCGGUAUCCCAACAAGUUUGCGCGAUUGAGGCAGGAGAUCUUGGACACCGCCGGACGGACAAAGACCCCGACUUAUGAGGAGCUGAAGAGCAUGACGUACCUGAAACAUGUGCUCAACGAGACGCUGCGUCUCUACCCGGCUGUGCCGUAUAAUAUCCGGACAGCUCUGGAAGACACCACCAUCCCAGGUGCACCAGGACAGCCAGGUGUGAGCGUGGUAGAGGGUGACUCGGUCAUCUACUCCACGCUAAGUAUGCAACGGUGUGCCGCACUUUAUCCAAGUCAUAACGAGAAGGGCGAGGGGUUGCCAAACCCAGCACUAUUCGAACCUGAGAGGUGGGAGAAAUGGACGCCGAAGGCGUGGAACUACGUGCCGUUCAACGGAGGCCCGAGGAUUUGUGUUGGUCAGAAUUUCGCCAUGACUGAGAUGGCUUAUGUUGUUGUGAGAAUACUCCAAAAAUACGAUCGGCUUGAGUACUGUGGGGAUUGGAGUGCUCAAAGUCAUGUGGCAGAGGUCGUUGGAAGACCCGGUGAGGGUGUAAGAGUCAAGCUUUGGGAGGAUCAAAUUAGGUUUGCCGAGAGCAACAAAAAGCUUACAAUGGUUACUUGAGGAACAAUUGAUAUUACUGUGUUUAACACCCACAUCCGCUCUGAAAAGUGAAAGAAAGAGCUGACUUGUGCGGCCCUUUAAAUUACUUGACAGGUCAUUAAAUUCUCACGGGUGGGAUGGCCGACGCUUCAUCGAGCAUGAAUCCUCCCAAUUAAGAAUAAGGUCUAUCGUACAGGACUGACAGAUUACACAAGUCCUUCAAAAGCUUUCGUCAAUGACUUCUUGGUACCCAAUGAUGAUGGAACGUCACAUGCACCAAGUACCAAGCGUGUAAAUGAGGUGCGGCAUACUCUAGCUCUUCAUGUAAAUAUUCCGAAUAGUCUGAGUAAGGGCAAAAACCCACAAGAGGAAAAG